GGCCACUGAUAUGUGUAUCAUGCACGAGUAUCAUGUGUGAUGCCACUGAUCCGCUGUCUUUUUGACGAUGUUUUGUUUUUGUUGAAGUGUCAAUGAAAUGAAGUAUGACGUAUGAAGUCAGAAUUGAGGUUACGUUGGUUUGUUUAUGUUGUCAUUGUUGUCUUUACCCUUUCAGUUAGAAAUAAGAAAAGUGUUCAACAAACAAUAUUUUAUCAUCUAUUUUACGUAUUGAUUGUUUCUUUUGUCGUUGAUAAAGAAAAAUGUCCAAAGAUACCCAUGUAGAUCGUGAUUUAGAUCUAUCAAACGCUAAUAGAGGAGUUUGGCUAGUGAAAGUACCAAAAUAUGUUGCAGAACGUUGGGAGAAAGCACCUAGUGAUUUGGAAGUAGGAAAAUUGAAAAUAGCAAAGCCUGUAGGGCAAAAAGCACAAGUUUCAUUGACUCUUUCAUCUGCUAUUCUGAAUUUAAAUGAACCUGGUCAAGAGAGCAUCCCAAAAGAUCAUCGUCUUGAUGUUUCUACAGUCACUCAACAAACUCUUGGAGUGUUUUCUCAUGUUAUCCCUACAAAUACUGAUUCUGUGGUACCAGAAACAGAAAAGUUAUAUAUGGAAGGAAAAAUAGUUCAAAAAUUAGAAUGUAGGCCAUAUGCUGAUAACUGUUAUAUGAAACUGAAACUGGAAUCUAUUAGAAAAGCUUCUUUACCAGCAAGGCAAGUGAAACAGCUAGAUAGAGUUGUACAGGCAUAUAAACCAGUUUCAGAUCAUAAAAAUAAUAUUGAGUAUAUGGAACGUAAAAAAGCUGAAGGCAAAAAGGCUCGUGAUGAUAAGGAUUCUGUACUGGAAAUGCUGUUUGCUGCCUUUGAGAAACAUCAAUACUACAAUAUCAAGGAUUUAGUUAAAAUAACUAAACAACCAAUAACUUAUCUGAAAGAGAUUUUGAAGGAAGUCUGCAAUUAUAAUUUGAAAAAUCCUCACAAAAACAUGUGGGAAUUGAAACCUGAAUACAGGCAUUACAAGCAGGAUACUGCAGAGACUGAAUCAAAGAAAGAAGAUUCUGAUGACUAAAAUUCAUAAAAGAAGCCAACUGUGAUUUGUUCUACCAUUCAAGAACAUUUAAAAAAUAUGUUCUUUUAUAUCUAAAUUAUUUGUCAUUGUUAUUCAUACAUAAGCAAAACAAAAUGUCACUUGAAUUUAUAAAACAAUAUAUACAUACAUU